GUCACAGAUAGAGUACAGAGUACUUCGCCGUGGCCUAAGCGCUGCGCCCGCUUGAACGCUUUCAAGGCGCCUCCACACCUGCUGUUCCGAUACGAGCUUUUAGCGCUGGGCGCGCGCUUCAUUGGCUAUCUGGCAAGGAAAGCAGUGUCACUUACCGCCGAAUCACGCCGUGACUGGAAGCGGCUUCUCCAAGCGUGACCCUCCUGACCAAGUGCACCGGCCCAACGAGCGGCAAGAAACCGAAUAUAAAUCGGCACUGUUGAUAUCAGUUUCGUCAGGAUAAGUGGCAAACUCCUCUCAAACCAUCCACAUAUUGCUCAUCUCGCCGAUCAUUUUCCAAUUCACUUCCUGCACUCACAUCUGUCAUGUCGGCAAGAGGAUUCUCCACUACGAGCCGAAGGCUAUUGGAACUCGUGGGAAGGGUCUCUCUGCAAGAUGUGGUGCAAAUAAACGAGAAGAGCGGGUCCCAAUGGGCAGAGAAUGUACAGAGCGUUGCGAGUACGAUAGAGAGUCAGCGCACGGACGUAGCAUCCUACGAAAUCCAGGGUGCAAAGGCUCACAAGUCGAAGAAAGACCCAAAUGAGACCCAGGACGUUAUUACGCUGGGCUUUUACAGCGCCGGAGGGACCAGGAUCGGCAGUGCACAUGCCCGCGAGGAUGGAACGUAUACUUUCCAGUCCAGUCGCGCAGGUCGUUAGACAUCCUACCACCAUUGGCGGGGGAAAGCGGGCCAUGUUGGUAGAGCGGACUAAGUAGUUCGCAAUAGGUAGUUGGUGAUAAUCUAUCGUGAAGCCGCGGGGCGAUAAUUCAGUAUGAUAAAACAGAUUACAAAAAAAGCG